UGUCUACUAGCAAUGAAAGCCAAGUUUCAAGAGAUAAGUUAAUGUAAUCAUGUACGUUACAAGUACUCCUCCAAACAAGUUUAAGCAUAUUUCAGUCAUCUAGUGUUGAUAAUGUAGGCUGGUAGAUCUUUCGGCAAUUCAUUAAGUUCACUCUCUGUCAUCUUUUCCAGCUUCAGUUACUAAAAUCAUGCCACCAGUUCUGGAGAGUGAUAUGCAUAGCAGGGAAUAUCUUGCGGAACAGAAACGCAAGGGUGAGGCAUAUUUGAAGGAAAGGAAUGCAAGGAUUGCGGAACGCAAGGCUGCGGAGCAGGAGUCUCUUAAAGACAUACAAAGCAUAGCUCGUAGCCUUGUAUACUCCAGUGCUCCUAAUGCGCAACUGACACAAAAGGCACAAGGUGCUGAUGAUUGCAGUGACUCAGAGUAUGACCGAGAUGCUGAAGAGGAGGCCUAUGUAGAGGAAGAGGAUUUGAGAGAUGAAGAGGAGGUCGCUCUUGCUAAGUCCAAAGCAAUGGAAGCAUUAUCAAAUAAGCCACCCAACAUUACUCAUGAGAAUUGGACUAGCCUUGUCAAUAAAUGGUCUGAUGAAAGAAACAAGAAAAUAUGUCAAAUGAAUAAGGAAAACCGAGAAGCUGUCAGGCAACACCAAAAGACGGGAUCUAUGUCCUAUGUUUCCUAUUUCAGCAAACUUAAAAAAGACAAGUACAAUAAUCAUGAUCCAAGUCCCAUUGAGUUUUUCAAAGAUACCCAUACAAACAGCAAGACUGAUAGCAUGAGCUGAGUCAGGACUUCUAGCUCAUAAUGCGAUGGAAAAGAAAAGGGAAGCACAAUCAGAAGGUGAGCAGCCAGUAUCCGAUACAUCGAUUGUGGCUGAAGUUCUAAAGGAAGAAAGCGCCCAUAGCACCGUCCUUUCUAGCAUGGGGUAUGCAUCAAGAUCCGGGAGGUCUGGGAGCUCUACUUCAUGAGCCUAGAUCCGAUUUCUAGAAGAAAGAAUUGAAUAGAAGGAUAGAGAGGCAAGAGAUGCAAAUGACAGGCACCGGGAGGAGUUAGUCGCAAGACUUGAAGCACGAGAGAGAGCAUUUUAAGAGAUACAAAAGAAGCAGCAAGAAGAAUUGGAAGCUUUAAAAAAGAGCCAGCAAGAGAAGACUGAAGCCUGGGCAAAGAAGCAAAAGGAGACGGGACAAUCUGCUUGAUUUUUUGAGGGCUCAAGCAACUCUGCAGUCCCAGUCCCAACCAGAUGGUUCAUGAAUGCCAUCCUUACAUUGCAAUCAUCAGGAUAACAUAUGUGGUCUUUAGUUAAUAUUAGUUUUCAUCUUGUCUAUUGUCUGUGUUAAACUUGAGUCAGCUUUUUACCGCCAUUUUUGUUUACAGAAUGAUUUGG